UACUUUAACUUGCGCUAUUAUGCUGUUGAAUACCGAUUUGCAUGGCCAGAAUAUCGGGCGUAAAAUGACCUGCGCUGAAUUCAUUGAAAACCUGGCGGAACUCAAUGAUGGCGAAAAUUUUCCCAAGGACGUUUUAAAGUAUCUUUAUCAGGCUAUUAAGACUCAACCGCUGGAAUGGGCGCUCGACGAUGAUUCUGCUGAACUGCAAAAGCAACGCGCCGACAAUAAUGUGGGCAAUAGCACAAGCAACAGCCUAAUCGGACAAAAUCCAUUCUUAGACAUACCAGAGUCGUCAUCGGCGAUUGAAUACAAAAAAGGUUAUGUGAUGCGCAAGUGCUGUUUCGAUUCCAAUUACAAAAAAAAUAACAUCGUCGAAUAUAUCGAUAUCGACGAUGAGAGUAAAAUGAAUAUGCGAGUAGAAAUAGCGAAAGCGAUUGCAAUGAGUCUAUCGAAAAAUAUGUCCAUAAUUAUUUCGAUAACAACACCGAUUAUUAUGUGA